AUGGCAGAAGUGAGAGUUGUUCUUGUGCCCCAAAAUCGUCGUGCUCCUCUGAAGGAGUCAUGGAAGUCAAUCGUUGAGGUAUGUUUUAAAGGGAUGGUAACAUCCGUACUACCUUUUUUUACUACUGAUUCAGUUCAAUCCUGUUUACAAGACCCUUUUCGGGAAAUAAAGGCCCAUCAGAUCGUGUAACGUUGCCAUUUUGACCAGAACAAUGGGGGUGAGCAUUUCAAGCGUCCCUCCUUACAGACUGUCAAAUUAACACUCGGCAGUAGACGAUGUUCAACUAAUACCCUAUACUUCUGAGGGUCUGUCGCCACAGGCUGCAGUCGCUGAAUAUAGAUUGUGCCGCACCCUCUAAACUAAUGCACAUAGGUUUUUGUCCGGGUUCUUCAAAUAUUUUGCUUACUAGCCAAACGCUGAAUGCACCUGCGAAAUAUCAUUCUCCUGUUCAGAUGUUCGAGUUAUUUUACGCGCUCAUUAAGACCGUUCUCAAGAAUGUUAAUGGAACCCUCAAGAGUAGCACUGGGAACAUGGUUCUCUUUCAAAGUUCUUUUUAAGAGCAGUCCUGUUCCGUAUGGGCGGUGUCCGAGCUUACCUGAGUGAAAUCAAUGUGCAUCCGAUGGGGUGCUAAUAUGUAUGUGGGGCAUUUUUAUUGCCGAAUACUUCGACAAAGUCUCGAGGCGGCCUUCGAUGAUUUAUAUAGUUGCUCUCUUGAGAACGUCGAGGUUUCUAACUGGAUGUCCACUAAAAACGUCACGUCACGACAUUUCCUUUCCUUAAUCUACAGUAUCUAGCGCUCCGGUGAAUAUGCUACAGCCGUUUAAUGCCUUUGUGUUUGCCUCCCUGUUGACAAACCUUGACGAUGGUGUGCAGAGCAAAUUGAAGUUUUCUACUAUCGUUUAGGGGCUCCGUUUCAAUCCUAAACAGGGUGUACGAUGAUCUUAUGAGCUGGGAGCACGCAGGCUAUCUCACUGACACACUGAGAAAGUUUUUGAGAAAUUGAAUAAGUAAUGCUCUAUGGGUAUUGCAACUUUAUCGCCGUCUCUACAGGAAGCGCUCGGUGCAGGAAUCAUAACCCACGUGUCCAUGAGAUUCGACCGUACACAUUCAAAAUUCUGGCCUUAAUACCGGCUAGCGUCUACAAUCUAGCUGUCUUCGGCCACAUAUGCACAAGAACAUUUUCAUGUACGAAAUGGUACGACGCCAUUCGUCCGAGUCCGAGACUAUCCCGACACUUCAAGUCUCGUGGAUAGGAAGGUUGCUGAUUGAUGCCCGCUCUCGGUCCACGCAGUUCGUCGCGUUGUGUGUGUGUGCCGUGUGGAGUGGCGGACUGGUGGGCUGGGAACGGGCUGAAGCAGCACCUUCUACGGUUCUCUCACGCAAGUGAGAGACACGCCGUUCAACCCCCGUUGUGUGAAAUCCUGAUGUUUGUGUGUAUGGGGGGCCAGGUCGUGCUGUGGCGCGCGCAGUCACGGUCAGUCGACCGUGUCAGCCACCGCGCCCAUCCACCACUCCAGUUUGCCGACCGGCUCGGACGGCGGCUGGGGUGUGGGAAUGGGAAGGGAGAGUGAGGUCGACGACUCAGCGCACUUUCUCCUCACUAUAAACACUCUGACGCGCUUGAAGCUAUCACGGUGCGCUAAAAGCCGUGGCUUGGAAGGUUGCCAACUGACGGGGUACCUUGGACCUCCUCCUUAACGGGAGGCGGUCUGAGAGUCAGGCUGCAAUGGCGCCUUUUUAAUGUGGUCUUUAUGGCACUCCCACCACAGUGUGGGAUCCGAGCCAGGCGUUGGCGGCACGCCUAGGUGCGGCUUCGGCCGUGCCAGCCUCCAAAUCUCUGUUGUGUUGAUUGAAAUCCUGGUUAUUGUUGUGUGGACCAGGGGGUGUGGUGGAACGCCAAAGUGAGGAUUCGUCCGAGCCAUCCACCUGCGGCCUCCCUUGUCUCCGGUCUUCUUGACUCUGUCUUGAUACCGGGCUCGGGCGAGGGAGGUGGAGAGAGUGUAGGUAGAUGCAGCGCAAGUCUACUGGCACUAUAAACCCCUGCGCAAGUCACCGUCCCUGCUCCAACCUGCUGUGGGGCACACGGUGGACAUCAUCGAAAUCGAUGGUCGAACUGUCAUACGACGCCAUUCGUAUUUAUACACGUAAUGGACAAUGCCAUGGUCUUUUGACUAGCCACUUGUUCAGUGCAUAAGUUAGACAGUGUUAAGAAUAAGUCGAAUGCGCCUGUCAAGCAGAUGCCUGUUAUCAACGAUGAGCAUGGUCCACGUAAGCAGCACAGCUUAUUUUGCAUUUCAAUUCGUAGUAUGUUCUCCUGAUUGAAGUUGUGUUUAAGAAUAUUUGACCGUUUCUAGGUAAACCAACUGGUGUGCUCGAUCUUAUCCGCGCAAGUGAUUUUGAUAUUUGAUCACUGUGCUGUGUAUUCAGUGUAGGUCAGCCAGUGUGAUCAAAUUCACAUACAGCAUUUUCACGUCUGGUUACUAGCGUAACAAGAUGGAAUAGACGUUCCUGCGUGCAUUCAUAUCGAAUGUAUCAGUGCAUGCAGAAUGCUCCCGAGGAGUUUUUCUAGGUAAUAACACGCAUAUGGGGGACUUUAGCAAGCCUUGAUUACAGUAUUACUAUGUCGAUACCGUCUAGCCUCAGUGUCCCCCACAGGAAUUCACUGUAACGACAGCCAAACACUGUAUCAAAGCAAGUCAUGCGAAUAGUCAUCGUGAUCGAGAAUGUGUCCCAGCACAAUUUUCGUCAGUUCAUCCAUUUGGACCUUAGAAGCUGGUUUGAUUCUUCUGGUUGUUGGAUCACUCGCGCUUUUUAACCCUUUUGGUCUUAACGACGACCACCUUUACAACGAUGCCAAUGGGGCAUGAACCGCUGUAAUUCUCGCGCUUCACACUCUUUUCCUCGACGAUAGGCACAAUAACGCCCAACCCUUAUUAUCUGGCAUGAUCCUAUCUCCCAGUGCUUUUGUAUUACCUUAUGCUUUUCGACGGUUGAAUUGUUGACUGAAGAUUUCAGCAGGGCUGCAGGCUUCGGGACGCUCGAUUUCCACUCACUCGCAAUAUCUGCCCGUUAAAAGCGGUCACACGACAUUGUACGGGUUGUCGAAGACAUUUUACUCCUAUGAAGAGGUAAUAAGCAUAUGAUUCGUUCGUAGACAUCGAGAGGGUGCUCGAUGUGCUUAUGUUAGUGCUCUGUCUCGACCGAAUUAUCGGUAACUACGUCACCAUUAAGAGCCAUUCAGUGCAAACUUGAUAACUGCCUGGGCGGCAUGUUUGGGUGUUACCGUCAUCUGAGGUCUGCUCCGUUCAAAUUGCCACUUCGGUCAUUAUAUCUUGCACCUUCCUCUAGUCGACCUUUUUCCGGAAUGUGAUGGAAUAUGUUGGGGACUGUGGCUCGACCUUUGUGAUUACAUUUCGUUAGAGAGUCCCAGUCAUUAAAGUACUACCGGGUGAAUGCAGUACUUUUGUUGUUCUAUGGAUGGCAGAUUUCUGUCAGUCAGUCAGUAUAUUUGGAGUAAACGACAGAAGCCUUGAAAACUCCAUUUACAGGGUACAGAUGUAAGGGAAGUGGUUAAAUUGCCAAAAUUUUGCUUGCAGGUUUAGUAAGGGGAAUUCAUAAAUCUAAUAAUGUAACAUAAAGGCGAAAGGGGUAUAGUAUUCGCGAAAUAAUUGCGAAAAACUGUUCACCGCAUUCGGACUGUGAAAAUUUCCAUAUGGGCUAAGUUUGAAGCACAAAAUAGGAUCUGUUGAAAUCCUGUUAGUAGUAUAUUUAUAGUCAUUCCAGUAAUCCGUUAGAUCAGGCUUCGGCAGUUCGGGUUGCCUUUCAGCAGGUGAGUAUCCAGUUGUCUCUUGAACACGUUCACGGUAGGGGAAUUAAUAACAAACUCCGGCAAAGAGUUCCAUUCGCGAAUGACCCUCUGUGAUAAAAAGGAGGAACGUUGAUUUGUGUGGCACAGUUCUCUUUUAAGCUGGUAAUCAUGUCGUCUGAGAUUGGACUUGGGUGUUAUUUCAGAAAACGUUUCCCUGUCGACAUCCAGAUUAAGUCCUUUUACCAACUGGGACGUUGCUAUGAGGUCACCUCUGUCCUGCCUGUAGUGGAGGGGAUAAAGUUUCAUGGCCGUCAGGCGCUGCUCGUGCGUGAAGUUUUUGAGGCCAUGAACAUCCUUUGUAGCACGCCGUUGUACACCUUCAAGGAUAUCUAUAUCCUUCCGAAGCCACGGCCGCCAAGCCUGUACCGCAUAUUCCAGGUGCGGCCGCACAAAUGUCCCGUAUACUUUGCAAGUGUAAUAAACGUUCUGCGUAUCGCGCUCAUAACGGACAUUGCCCGCGCAGCAACUUUAGAACACUGCGUGGUGACGGUUAGAUCGUCUUUAAUGAAUACACCGACAUCUUUUUGCACAUCUACGGUUUUAAGUGGUUGAUUGUCUAGGAGAUGCUGUCGUGGGAGUACAUUUGUUCUUCGCCUCGCUGAUACUACGUGCAUUACUGCACAUCUUUUGACGUUGAAUUUCAUGCACCAUUUCUGGCUCCAUGCGUGCAAAUUCUCUACGUCCUCUUGUAGUAUUUUGACGUAAUCUUCAUCUUUUUUCGCUCUCCAAAGUUUUAGAUCGUCUGCAAAGAGGGCUAUGUCCGAUUUCACUUCCCGUACUAGGUCAUUUACAUAAAUAAUGAAUAGGAGCGGCCUAAGAACUGACCCCUGUUGGACUCCACUCGUAACAGGUGCCCAUUCUGAGCAGUAGCCACUAGCAGUGACUUUUUGUCGCCGUCCGCUUAGGAAAUCUUAAAUCCAGUUCGGAAGAUUUCCUCUUAUCCCUACUCCUGACAACUUUUGAAUGAGGCGCUUAUGUGGGACGCAAUCCAACGCCUUGUUGAAGUCGAAGUAAAUGACAUCAACUUGAGCGUCUAAAACUUUUUCCCCCUACUCCAGCUUUAAACCAAGACUGACCCCCGUUUUCAGGACCUUCAUUCUGGUAUGUCGUCUUACCUUUGCAAGGUCAAAACGUCCGACACGGUAUCGUAUGAGUGCCCUUGAGAGGCGGGCAUUGAGACGUGCUCCGACGGCUACCUGUCCUGCUCGAAAGAAUUGGCGUGUUGCGGCACCACUCCAUAGUUUGCUGUCAUCCUCUUGGUUGUAGAACCUUGAAAUGACUAGAAUGUGGUCUGACUGGUCAGUGGAAUGCGAAUUCGAGAGCUGUGUGGAUACAUUGGGGGCACCUAAUAACAAGCAGCUACUUUUGGUUAGCAAUGCUCGGUGGUUCUUCGCUCUGAUCACAUUGAAAAUCGAGUGCAAACUGGCCAGUUAGUCGGCUGUCUUAGGAAAGAGACGCGAUUGCUGGACAGGAGUUUUAUUUGCACGGCGUUUCAAACGCGGAUGUCCGAGCACGCAGCAGCAGUGGGGAGGAACGACGCAAACUCCCUAACCGCAGCUCAUUUGACGAGGGCCGGUCAUAUCCGGAGCCUGCGAGGGGUGACGAUCGCAUAAGUCACUAACUUAUUAAGGCAUGGCUCCCCGCCCUUUCUCAAUUAGCAAGCGCAAUGACCUCCCGUCUCCAUAUUCUGCGCUUAGACUCUAUCAUGGCAGAAUAGUUAGCCACGCAGGGAGCGCGCGGAUGAGCACUGACCCCAAUGCAAGUGCCGGUGGGCCAGACGAAGAGACAACACGUAGGACAACAUUACAUCAAUGAACGGAUAGGCUGCAAGCAAUCAAGCAAUUAUCGUACCACCUGCAGGCAUAUGCGAUGAAUGCGGGAACUUCAUCCAUCUGAUUAUGCCUCUAGUCAUGGACUCCAGUUCACAGUCGAAACGUCAAGCGAAUAAAACUCUUGUGCCAGCCGUCGCAUCUUCUACUUUUUUACUGUUUACCGGAACUUACCUCCUUGCUUCUGUCGGCAAGCAGUUUGUAAUGUCGUCAAGCCUCGUCCGACACUUCCGGUUACUGGGAAGGAUUACAUGACUGAAAGAGAAUUCGUCAACCAGUUCUUACAGCUGUGACCAGAGGGUUUUACUAAACUGAUCAGCAGCAGCUGUUAGGGCCCAGGUAUUGUAUACUUACUUGCGGCAGCAUUUGUCAUGGUCGAUUCACUUGACUAAAUUCUGCGGGUUCACCGCACCAUCAAUGACUGUCCUCUGCAGUCGAUCGGUGACUAACUCCCGAACGAAGUUGAGUCUGUUAACAUGUCUAUCCUCUACCCCAAGGACCUCAGCGUAAGAUAUGCACUCCAGAUCAGCUUGUACCGCCUCCACGCACAUCUUCAGUUGGCGACCUAUACGUUCUCACGGCCCUUUGCUAAUGACUUACUGAAGAAUCGAGUCGUUAGAUCGGCACGGCACAUGACAUAAGCAUCCGAAUCAGCCUCCAAAGAGCGUGUUGUUAGCAGACUGAUUUGUCCACCGACGCUGGUUGCACAGUAGGAGGGAUCAUCAUUAAUCGAAUACUUCCAGGGGGUAUAAAUCUUCCGAACAUAUGAACCAUGUCUCACCUUCGUAUAAGUAAAUUGUCUUGACAGUAGCCUCGCCUGUCCUCAGCUUGCCUUUCGCAGUUAUCUCGACUGCAUUUUUUCCGGUGGUGACCCCGCGCCUGUUUGAUCCGAUCGUGUGGAUUUCGGCUUUAUCUUGCCCAUUUGGAAGAAAGUUUACUCCAAGGCAUCAGUGCUAGUCCACUAGCCCAAGGGUUUCCCCGUCCACCAUUACCGGAUAUAUACCUUUGACGGCGAAGCCCGAGGCUUUGAGACCCACGUCGACUGCCUCCAUAUUUGUCUGGGAUACGAUGCAUUUCAUUUUUGCAUCGUAACUUCAUCAGCGUAAUCUAGAUGCGCGAGAUACGAACCACGAUCUACUGUCGUGGUUGACCAAACUUAAGGUGUCUGCGUUCUUGUGGAUACUUGAAAAUUGCCCCGUCUAAAAUGCUUAUGAAAUGGUCUUCGGUCUCGUCUGAGUGAAUCAGUAAAAAUAACUGCGUCGACUUUGUCGUAAAGAUGACUGAUGUUUGACUUUUUUCUGUUGUCGUCACCCGGGGCCCAAAUGUUUCGCAUCUUGUGGGAAAUCAAACAUGCAACUAUCAUGAAAACUCGCCAGCCCACUUAGUCAUUUGUGCACUGCCUGUCGAAUGUGACCGAAGUCCUAUUUCUUUGUCUCCAUCAACAAGCUAUUGUUUAGCUCUUUCUGUUGCAGAUUUUGACCAAACAGUUGAAGCUAAUGGUUUGUAUGAAAACCGCAAAGAAGAGUUGGAAAGUCAUGCUUCGCAAUUCCCCCGAGACCACAGAUCCACAGUUCCUCCAGAAGGGUGUCGACUUCGUGUCGGCCUUCGUGAAGGGGUUUGCGUUGCAAGAUGCCCUUGCGAUUGUGCGCAUAGAUGGGAUUUACGUGGAAAGUUUUCACAUUUCGGACGUACGACAACGUUUACGGGUAAGUAGUCAUUCUGGAUAUUAUUUUUUCUGAUAUGACACAGUAUGCUUGGUUUGACCAAUCUACUCCCGGCACCCGCAGUCAUCGUUAACGACAUUUGCCUAACCGUCAUAGACGACAUUACCUAUCGUCGUAGCACCAUCUCAGGAGGCAUUUGACUUAGCGAACGUAAUUUUAGCCCGGAUUUUCCAAGUCAACGAAGCCUUCGGUCGGCUCCAGCCCUUCUUGUUGACUCAAUGAGGUAUUCUCGACAAAAAAAAUUGAAUAUGUACACGACUGGGUCCUUGAAAAUACUCGUCCCUUUCCAUCUGUCCUUUCCAUCGGCGGUAAUCAAAGUGAAGUGACGAGUAGAUUUCGGACACGCACGUCCUGCAUUUGACUCAUGUGUUCAACAUCUCUGCAAUGCCGAAAUGAAUUAAGCGUUGAUGACGCGAAUACUUCUUGUGAAUGUCUGAUGGGCCUCUAUCUAAUCGAAUCUGCCUUGGUGACGUCGCCAUGGGCGCUCCUCACCAAGGGAAGCAGCCAAAACGUCACGGGGACGCUUUGAGCUCCCCAAAUGUCCCGGAAUCCUCCGAGAGCCCUGGGUGACCAUUGUUCAAACCGACAGUUAUAGCGAACUGCGGUAAGAAAUAGCACCGCAAUUUUCGAAGCCACUCAAAUAUAAGAGAUUAUCCAGAAACGUCAGGGACGCAAAACUGGAAUGUUAGGGGUAAAGAGAUGCCAACGGUCAGCCUUUUUCCACUUGUCCUCGCUGCCAACACCCGCCUCAAACUGGAGCCACCGUGGUUCGACGUCUCAACGCCCGUCUCCACAUAGCCAGCUCGGACCAAUCUCAUCGCAGUUGCUAAAACUUCCAAUGCUGAAAACCUGGUCAAGCCACUGUAAAACCCGGCCCUCCGAUGAUUAGAUCACGCCGACUUGCUUGCAUCCGUGACCUCUGCGACUCCAACGUGAGACCUGGAUAGAACGCCUGAUGUAGCAAUUACAAAACCUGGGUUCACGCAGGCUGGUUGCAGUCACUAAUUCCUUCAUCCCGCCGUAUGCUGUAACUCCACACCCGGACCUGUCUAACCUGUUCGCCAUCUACCUGGACUGCCCAGCAGCAAUUGUUGUUUUCUGCCCACCGACAAUCUCUGAGCGCCAACACCCCAAUCCACGCCCACUUUCAGCUUACUUUGAAUUAUUGCAGCCUCUAUAAUGCGAGCUGUCAGGAUUCUCUAUUUGUCACUAAAAUCACAGGCUGCUUAGUUAAGGUGCAUGUUGUUGAUAAUGGCGGACGAACUGUUUCAGAGUCAUUCUGCACUUUUAUCUUGCAAGAGUCAAGGGAAUGUGUUAGUUAUGUUCCAUCAGUGAAAUCAGUUUCAUGUUUCUCCAUUUGUAGGCUGUGGGGGGUUAUAUUAUUACUAUCGUCUUAUCUUAUAAUAAGCAUACUUUCCCUGGGCUGUCUUACGCUUUAAAUACAGCCAAUCAGUAAUCUGGGUUUUAAAAGAUAACGGAAGCCUUCCAGUGAGGAGCAACGAGCGACUGUACAUUGACGUAAACGUUAACUGCUUCAGCCUAUCCAAAAAUCUGUAUAUCUGCACAAUCCAGCGGUGCCAUGGGCGCAUCAUGCGAGCAAGCUGACACAGCCAUUCUGACAGCGAUUAUUGAUUCCUCAUAACUCUCUAAAUACUCGUAGCCAACUAGAAGGCGACCUAUUGUCUUUUUCUCUAACCCGUAGGACAGAUUCUACGCAUAUAGGAACGGUUGCCUCAUUGAGUCACCUGUACUACUGUCGAAAGAGGGGGAAGAUAGUUAAAUCCGAAGUCGCCGGUCGGGAUAUGGCGUGUCCAGUAAUUCGUCCCUUUCCUUCGGGAGCCAAUUGCAAUUACACUAAUCCCUGGGCCAGGCGAUGCCAUAACUUGUCUCACAGUGCUCCACGGUCACAUACCUGCUGUAUACUCGCGAAAAACAUCUAAAAACUAAAGUAUUUCUUGGCUUUUUGGAUAUUCUCCUAUUUCUUGACAUUUGCAAAUCGGUCUGUUGCGUAGUUGUUCAAGCUAUUUGUCUUUGAACCACCCCAAUAGUGGCCUCGUCAUAAAACUGGCUUGUUGGGCACGGGUAAUGCAUGUUUCCUUCAUGCCCCGAAACUUCCUUUCUGUAUGUCCAAACUCGGUUUUUUUUGUUACUUUUCAGGGCGAUCACAUCGCACGAGCGGUGGGCCGGAUUUGUGGUGCCAACGGUCGAGUCCGACUGUCCAUUGAGAAUGCCACGCGGACGCGCAUCGUAGUCGCUGAUCAGACCAUUCACAUCCUUGGCAGCAAUGAACGGAUAGCUGUAGCCCGUAAGGCUAUCUGCAACCUUAUUAUCGGUGCGCCGCCCAGCAAGAUCUUUGGUCGCAUCCAAACUCAAGCAGCUCGACUCGACUCCACAUUUUAA